AUGAAGUAGUGGUAAUUGUUUUUCAUUGAAAAUUCAGGUUCAUAUUCUUUGCAAAGAGCAAACGACGACGUCUAUAAUAUUUAAAAAAGAACGUGAAAAGUAGAAAAAUCGGGCAGCCAAUUCCGCCCAACAUUGGGAGGAAGGAGGAAAAUUCAUAGUGACCUUAUUUGUGUAAUAGUUAAAUAAACGUGAAGUGAAUUUUUUGAGAUCAAUUAUAUAGAAGGAAGCAGAAUCGUAGUGGCAGAGGCAGCGGAAGAAGAAGAAACACCCGUCUGCAGUUAUUGCAAGCAGCGUCAGCGUCGCUGCUGAGGCAGUUCAACAUCCUAUCCCCGACCCCGAAAAAUUAGAUCUGAAAAGAUGGCGACCAGUCGCACCAGUCGCAUACAACAAAAUAAGAAUAUUAAUUCAUUCUUUUCCAAGAUUCAAGGAGCCUUUUCUGAGGCAUGUACACAACAGCGUCUAUCGACUGAUAAGAAAACCUUGGAGAAAACUUGGAAGUUAAUGGAUAAAGUUGUAAAGUUGUGUCAGCAACCGAAAAUGAAUUUAAAAAAUAGUCCACCUUUUAUACUGGACAUAUUGCCAGACACGUAUCAGCGAUUGCGUCUUAUAUACUCCAAGAAUGAAGAUCAAAUGCAUGUUUUACAUGCCAAUGAACACUUCAAUGUGUUCAUUAAUAAUUUGAUGCGCAAAUGCAAACAAGCCAUUAAAUUGUUUAAAGAAGGAAAGGAGAAAAUGUUUGACGAGAAUUCACACUAUAGGAGAAAUUUAACCAAACUUAGUUUAGUAUUCUCUCAUAUGUUAAGCGAAUUAAAGGCCAUUUUUCCUAAUGGAGUGUUUGCUGGCGAUCAAUUUAGAAUUACGAAAGCAGACGCUGCAGAGUUUUGGAAACUUAACUUUGGCAAUAGUACGCUGGUUCCUUGGAAAAUAUUUCGUAUGGAAUUAAAUAAAGUGCAUCCAAUUUCAUCUGGUCUAGAGGCAAUGGCGUUAAAAACAACCAUAGACUUAACAUGUAACGAUUACAUUUCAAAUUUUGAAUUCGAUGUUUUUACACGUCUGUUUCAACCGUGGGUGACACUCUUACGUAACUGGCAAAUACUAGCAGUCACACACCCCGGAUAUGUUGCCUUUUUAACAUAUGAUGAAGUUAAAGCUCGCUUGCAGCGUUACAUCCAUAAAGCAGGAAGCUAUGUUUUCAGAUUAUCAUGUACGAGGCUUGGGCAAUGGGCGAUCGGUUAUGUGACCGCUGAUGGCGAAAUUUUGCAAACUAUACCACAAAACAAAUCUCUCUGUCAAGCGCUAUUGGACGGGCACAGGGAGGGCUUUUACUUGUAUCCUGAUGGUCAAGCCUGCAAUCCUGACUUAUCCUCAGCUGUGCAGAGUCCUACGGAGGAUCACAUUACCGUUACCCAAGAACAAUAUGAACUAUACUGUGAAAUGGGUAGCACAUUUCAACUGUGUAAAAUUUGCGCUGAAAAUGAUAAGGAUAUACGCAUUGAGCCAUGCGGACAUCUUUUGUGCACACCCUGCCUCACAUCUUGGCAAGUCGAUUCAGAAGGACAGGGCUGUCCAUUUUGCAGAGCCGAAAUUAAAGGCACUGAACAAAUUGUGGUUGACGCUUUUGAUCCGCGUAAGCAGCAUAAUCGGAACUCGACAAAUGGCCGCCAUCAGAACACCGACGACGACGAUACAGAGGAUGGCGCUGAUUUCAACAUUGCCACCUCAUCGCUUCAUGCAUUAAGCAACAGUAUGACCACAACCACACCUGCCACGGACAAGCAGAGCCCGCAUACGUCUCCACGUUUCGCUCGCCGAAGCACUACUCCUAGCUUACUUGCAGUACAGAACGACUUAUAUGCAGGCCACAUACCGAAUCUUACAUUGGUGAGCUCUGGCGGCAGCAACUACAUCGUGGCUGCUAACGCAUCGGCUAUAGCUAACGCAGUACUUUCACCACAGCCCACGCCCACUGCACCACCUAUACAUGCCGCCAAUGGCGGUAGUAGUAGUACAAAUGUAGCGAGUGCUGCGCAAAAAUCGACACAUCGGAUGAGCGCGCCUCUUAUGGGAGCUACCUCAGCCUCGAACGGCAGUAAUCCCAACAGUAAUUAUGUGACGAGAAUGGCGACCAGCAAAUCCGAACAUAACGACAAUUCCUCGUAUGCCAUACUACAAGGUCUACAAGAUCCUUUGCAAGCAAAUACACAACAGCAGCACACAGCUACACCACGUCAUGUUGCCCCUCCGUUGCCGCCGCGAAAGGCAUCGCCUGGUGUUGAGAAUAGUGCCACAACAAUUAUAGCUACAAGUUGUACUGUAACUCCAGUUAUAGCUAAAUCAUGUGAGACAGCAACCGUGAAACAUAAAGGGCAAACUGCAAUGGGUGGAGGAACUCCUUCAGAUAGCUUAGCGACGAAUACAGAAGGAGCUGCUGCGCCACCGCAAACAACAGCUCCACCGAUACCUCCACAUGGCAACUUGAUGUUGGUAGACAGUAUUGUUGAAGAUUUGCGAGCACAACAGAUCAGCGUGACCACAUCGACGACUUCCACUCCUCAUUCACUGACAACACAGUCAACAGCGGGUUCUGGACCUGCUUCUACGCCUACACGCUCAAUACUCGACGAUGACAUAGUCGGACCGGCCGAAACGAUUAUGGGUGUAAUUGACACUCGGCCCUUGGAAGCACGAUUGGCAGUAUCAGCUCGCAUUUUGGAACCAACAACCGUAAAGCUGCCACCAGUAACUGCUAUUAACCCCAUGGCGUGCACUCCGCAUUACACACAAAUAUGCAAUGCGACUUCAUCAACACAACCACUGGCAAUGGCAUCUGCCGCAACCACGGGAGGCUCAGUAGUAACUGCGUCAACGGUGGCAUCGCAGCGAAGUCAGCAGCAAGCCACGCAAUCACUACAGCAACUACAACAACAGCCGCUUCUAUACGAGAAUGUAGCGAUCAAUCAAAAAGACUGCAAUGUACCAUAUGAAAAUAUCAAUCUUGAAUACAUUGCACGGCUUGUGAAGGAGGGCUAUACCAAAGAAAACGCUAUUACAGCGCUGGGCAUUUCUCGCAACAAUAUUGAGAUGGCAUGCGACAUUUUGCGCGAGUUCGUGUCGAAGAGUACUGUUUGAGAUGAGCGGCCGGCAAGUAUGAUACCUGAGAUAUUAUCAAA